AUGGCCCGCGAAGACAGGAGGGCGACGAGGGGACCUCACGCGGUGGGCCCAGGAGACGCCCUGCCAGGGGAAGAGCAGGAGCAGAGACAAGUGGGAGCGACACAAAAGAGAGACGCGGCGACCACAGAGGAGAACAUCAAGAAGGGACACAGGGACCAGGASGCAGGAGAGGGCCAGCUCAGAAGGCCCACGUUCAAGAUGCCCUCCUUCAGUGGGUCCGCCGUCGGCCCGGCCUGGGACGCGUCUGUGGAGGUGAGGGCACCCCAGGCAGAGGCCGAUGUGGCCUUGCCUUCCACACAGGGUGACCUCAAGAGCUCUGACCUCAGCAUCCAGCUGCCUGCCACCAACCUGGACACCAGGGAUGGCCAGCUGGACGUGACCCUCCCCAAGGCCACCUUGCCUGAGGGAGAGCUUCUGGCAGACGCUGACUCUGGAGCCGGCCUGAAGGGGCACCUACCCWWGAUGCAGAUGCCCAGCAUCAAGAUGCCCAAGGUGGACCUUAAGGGCCCCCAGGUGACCAUCAAGGGCCCCAAGCUGGAYGUGAAAGGGCGCAAGGGUGAGGUGAGUGCYCCCAGCCUGGAUAUGGAGCUGUCUGCUGGGAAGAUGGACAUACAGGCCCCCAGUGCCMAGMUGGAGGGGGACCUGGCCCYRGCAGACAAGGAAKUGGCCACCAAAGACRGCAAGUUCAAAWUGCCCAAGUUCAAGAUGCCSUCYUUYGGYRUSUCURSCCCCWGCAAGACCUUGGACACCUCUGUGGAGGUGAACUUGCCCAAAGUGGAAGCCGAUGUGACCUUGACCUCCAUCCAGGGUGACSUCAAAGACCCUGACCUCCGCAUGCAGCUGCCUGAAGCCAAUGUGGACAUCAGGGCUGGCCAGAUGGACAUGACCGUCCCCGAGGGAGAGCUCCUGGCAGCCCCUGACUCAGGUCCCAGCCUGAAGGGGCAUCUGCCCAAGGUGCAGAUGCCCAGCAUCAAGAUGCCCAAGGUGGACCUCAAGGGCCCCAAACUGGAUGUGAAAGGCCCCAAGAGCGGGGUGAGUGGCCUUGACCUGGAGAUGGAGCUGCCCUCUGGACAGGUGGACAUACAGGCCCCCACCACCAAGAUGGAGGAGGACCUGGCCCUGGCAGACAAGGAAGUGGCCACCAAAGAGGGCAAGUUCAAAAUGCCCAAGUUCAAGAUGCCCUCCUUCGGCCUGUCGGCCCCAGGAAAGGCCUUGGACUCAUCCGUUGACAUAAAAGUGCCUAAGGUAGAGGCYGAUGUGGCCUUGCCUUCCACACAGGGUGACCUCAUGAGCUCAGAACUCAGCAUCCAACUGCCCGCUGCUAACCUAGACACCAGGGAUGGCCAGGUGGGUGUGACCCUCCAUGAUAGCCCCCUGCCUAAGGAAGAGCUGCCAGGGGAACCUGACAUUAAAUCUGGCCUAAAGGGGCACCAGUCCAAAGUGCAGAUGCCCAGCAUCAAGAUGCCCAAGGUGGACCUCAAGGGGCCCCAAGUGGACAUAAAAGGCCCCAAGGUGGAMGUGAAAAGCCCCAAGGUCGAGGUGAGAGUCCCAGACCUGGACGUGGAGCUGCCCUCUGGGCAGGUGGACAUACAGACCCCCAACACCAAGCUGGAGGGGGACCUGACCCUGGAAGARAAGGACGAGGCCACCAAAGACAGCAAGCUCAAAAUGCCCAAGUUCAAGAUGCCCUCUUUUGGCAUCUCUGUCCCCGGCAAGACCUUGGAUGCGUCUGUGGAGGUGAAAGGGCCCAAGGUGGUGACUGGAGUCGCCCUGCCCUCCAUCCAGAGUGACCUCAAAACCCCUGACCUCAGUAUCCAUCUGCCCACCGCCGACCUGGAGACCCAGGCUGGCCAGGUGGACGUAACCUUCUCUGAGGCCACCCUGCCCAAGAAAGAGCUGCCAGCAGCCCCUGCUUCUGGAGUUGGCCUUAAGGGGCACCUGCCUAAGGUGCAGAUGCCCAGCAUCAAGAUGCCCAAGGUGGACCUCAAGGGCUCUCAGGUAGAUGUCAAGGGCCCCAAGCUGGACGUGAAAGGCACCAAAGGUGAGGUGAGCACCCCCGACCUGAUGUUGGAGCAGCCAUCAGUGCAGGUGGACAUACAGGCUCCUGGCGCCAAGGUGGAGGGGGACCUGGCCCUGGCAGACAAGGAYGUGGCCACCAAAGAGGGCAAGUUCAAAAUGCYCAAGUUCAAGAUGCCCUCCUUASGCRUGUCUGCCCCAGGAAAGGCCUUGGACACAUCUGUGGAGGUGAAGGCGCCCAAGGUGGAGGYUGMUGUGACCUUGUCUUCCACACAUGGUGACCUCAAGAGCUCUGACUUCAGCAUCCAGCUGCCUAGUGCCGACCUGGACAGGAGGGAUGGCCAUGUGGAUAUGACCCUCCAUGAGACUGCCCAGCCUGAGGGAGAGCUCCUAGCAGCCCCUGACUCAGGAGCCAGCCUGAAGGGGCAYCUGCCCAAGGUGCACAUGCCCAGCAUCAAGAUGCCCAAGGUGGACCUCAAGGGCCCCAAGCUAGACGUGAAAGGUUCCAAGGGCAAGGUGAGUGUCCCAGACCUGGAGAUGGAGCUGCCCUCCAUGCAGGUGGACAUACAGACCCCCAGUGCCAAUUUGGAGGGGGACCUGGCCCUAUUAGAGAAGGAUGUGGCCACCAAAGAGGGCAAGUUCAAAAUGCCSAAGUUCAAGAUGCCCUCCGUCGGCUUGUCUGCCCCAGGAAAGGCCUUGGACACGUCUGUGGAGGUGAAGGUGCCCAAGAUGCAGGCCGAUGUGGCCCUGCCCUCCAUCCAGGGUGACCUCAAAACCUCUGACAUCAGCAUCCAGCUGCCUACAGCCAACCUGGAGGCUGGGGACAGCCAGGCGGACGUGACCCUCCCCAAGACCACCCUGCCUGAGGGAGAGCAGCCACCAGCUCCUCCUGCUAGAGCCAGCCUGAAGGGACACCUGCCCAAGGUGCAGAUGCCCAGCAUCAAGAUGCCCAAGGUGGACCUCAAGGGCCCCCAGGUGGACAUCAAGGGCCCCAAGCUGGACGUGAAACGCUCUAGGGGAGAGGUGAGUGGCCCCGACCUGGACAUGGAGCUGCCCUCUGGGCAGGUGGACAUACAGGCCCCCAGUGCCAAGCUGGAGGGGGACCUGGCCCUGGCAGACAAGGAAGUGGCCACCAAAGACAGCAAGUUCAAAAUGCCCAAGUUCAGGAUGCCCUCCUUCAGCAUGUCGGCCCCCGUCAAGACAUUGGACACGUCCGUGAAGGUGAAGGCAUCCAAGGUGGAGGUUGAUGUGGCGCUGCCCUCCAUCCAGGGUGACCUCAAAACCUCUGACAUCAGCAUCCAGCUGCCCCCCGCCGAAAUGGGGGACAGGGCUGGCCAGGUGGACGUGACCCUCCCUGAGGCCACCCUGCCUAAGGAAGAGCUGCCGGCGGCAUCUGCUGAUGGAGCCAGCCUAAAGGGGCAAGUGCCCAAGAUGCAGAUGCCCAGCAUCACGAUGCCCAAGGUGGACCUCAAGGGACCCCAGGUGGAUAUAAAGGGCCCCAAGCUGGAGGUGAAAGGCCCCAAGGUUGAGGUGAGUGCCCCCGACCUGGACAUGGAGUUGCCCUCUGGACAGGUGGACAUGCAGGCCCCCAGUGCCAAGCUGGAGGGGGACCUGGCCCUGGAAGACAAGGAAGUGGACAUCAAAGACAGCAAGUUCAAAAUGCCCAAGUUCAAGAUGCCGUCCUUCGGUGUGUCUACCCCCAGCAAGACCUUGGACACGACCAUGGAGGUGAAAGGGCCCAAGGCGGAGGCCGAUGUGUCCCUGCCUUCCAUCCAGAGUGACCUCAAAACCUCUCUGGAGGGGGACCUGGCCCCGGAAGACAAGGAAGUGGACAUCAAAGACAGCAAGUUCAAAAUGCCCAAGUUCAAGAUGCCGUCCUUCGGUGUGUCUACCCCCAGCAAGACUUUGGACACGUCCAUGGAGGUGAAAGGGCCCAAGGCAGAGGCCGAUGUGUCCCUGCCUUCCAUCCAGAGUGACCUCAAAACCUCUGACCUCAGCAUCCAGCUGCCUGCCAUUGGCCUUGAGGCUGGGACUGGCAAGGUGGACGUGACCCUCCCCGAGGCCACCCUAUCCGAGGGAGAGAUUCCGGCAUCCCCUUCUGCUGGAGCCAAGCUGAAGGGGCACCUGCCCAAGAUGCAGAUGCCCAGCAUCAAGAUGCCUAAGGUGGACCUCAAGGGGCCCCAGUUGGACAUCAUGGGCCCCAAGCUGGAGGUCAAAGGCACCAAGGGUGAAGUGAGCACCCCUGUCAUGGAUGUGGAACAACCAUCAGUGCAGAUGGACAUACAGGCUCCUGGUGCCAAGGUGGAAGGGGACCUGGCCCUGGCAGACAAGGACGUGACCACCAAAGAGGGCAAGUUCAAAAUGCCCAAAUUCAAGAUGCCCUCCUUAGGCGUGUCUACCCCAGGAAAGGCCUUGGACACAUCGGUGGAGGUGAAGGUGGCCAAGGUGGAAGCCGAUGUGACCUUGCCUUCCAUACAUGGUGACCUCAAGAGCUCUGACCUCAGCAUCCAACUGCCCACCGCAGCCCUAAACACCAGGGAUGGCCAGGAGGAUGUGACUCUCUAUGAGGCCACCCUGCCUGAGGGAGAGCUCCUGGCAGCCCCUGACUCAGGUCCCAGCCUGAAGGGGCAUCUGCCCAAGGUGCAGAUGCCCAGCAUCAAGAUGCCCAAGGUGGACCUCAAGGGCCCCCAGGUGGACAUCAAGGGCCCCAAGAUGGACGUGAAACGCUCUAGGGGCGAGGUGAGUGGCCCUGACCUGGACAUGGAGCUGCCCUCUGGGCAGGUGGACAUACAGGCACCCAGUGCCCAGCUGGAGGGGGACCUGGCCCUGGCAGACAAGGAAGUGGCCACCAAAGACAGCAAGUUCAAAAUGCCCAAGUUCAGGAUGCCCUCCUUCRGCMUGUCSGCCCCCGUCAAGACAUUGGACACGUCCGUGAAGGUGAAGGCACCCAAGGUGGAGGUUGAUGUGGCGCUGCCCUCCAUCCAGGGUGACCUCAAAACCUCUGACAUCAGCAUCCAGCUGCCCCCCGCCGAAAUGGGGGACAGGGCUGGCCAGGUGGACGUGACCCUCCCUGAGGCCACCCUGCCUAAGGAAGAGCUGCCGGCGGCCCCUGCUGAUGGAGCCAGCCUGAAGGGGCACCUGCCCAAGGUGCAGAUGCCCAGCAUCAAGAUGCCCAAGGUGGACCUCAAGGGCCCCCAGGUGGACAUMAAGGGCCCCAAGCUGGAGGUGAAAGGCMCCAAGGKUGAGGUGAGUGCCCCYGACCUGGACAUGGAGCUGCCCUCUGGACAGGUGGACAUACAGGCCCCCAGUGCCAAGCUGGAGGGGGACCUGGCCCUGGCAGACAAGGAAGUGGMCACCAAAGACAGCAAGUUCAAAAUGCCCAAGUUCAAGAUGCCCUCCGUCGGCUUGUCUGCCCCAGGAAAGGCCUUGGACGCGUCUGUGGAGGUGAAGGGGCCCAAGGUGGAGGUUGAUGUGUCCCUGCCCUCCAUCCAGGGUGACCUCAAAGCCUCUGACCUCUGCAGACAGCUGCCUGACACCGACCUGGACUCCAGGGCUCUCCAGGUGGAUGUCAAGGGCCCCCAGGUGGACACAAAGGGCCCUAAGCUGGAGGUGAAGAGCCCCAAGGGUGAGGUGAUCCCCUCUGARCUUGAUGUGGAGCAGCCCUCCGUGCAGGUGGACACACAGGCCCCCGGCACUAAGCUGGAGGGGGGCCUGGCUGGGGCAGAGGACUUGGCCCCUGAAGACAUYAAGUUGGAAAGUGGUGAUGUAGACACGUCUUUUUCAAAAAGAGAAUCAGAAUUGACAUUUCAUAGACCCCAUUUUAAAUUUUCUAAAUUGUUCAGUCCUCAUAAGAAAUCCCCUCGGGGUACUGCUGGAGUGGAUGAGGCCCCCGGGGCCUGCCUCCUCCGCGUGUCCCCAACAUCRUCCUCACAGGUCCCUGGGGUGGAAUCGGAGGAGCGCACGGUGUCUGGGGUCACUUCCUCUGUGGAGAGUCCCAGUUUUCUCACGUCUGACCUUCCUUUUGCUAGAGCUGAUGGUGUUGUGGGGCACGCUGGGCCCCCUGUGGUCCCGGGUAGUGAGCGUCCCUCGCUGAGCCAGCCCCCGGAGGCCUGUUUUCCUCUGGGUUCCAGCGCCGAGUGCCCGCAGGCCUCCUGCUCUCCACAGCRGGGUGCUCCUUCGGCUGGUUCUGAGAACUCUGUUGUUUGUGUGUCCUCCCCUGAGCAUCAGUCAGGCCYGGAGGACCCCGAGCCUCCUGCAUUCCAUGCCCGGGUGACAUUUCCUAAAUUCCACAAGCCAAAAUUUGGGUUUUCCUGUGCUGCUGCAGCUGUUGCUGAGGCAGAUUCAYGUGCUGCCGAGGAUAGCCCAGGCCUGUCUCUUCUCUGCCCUGUUGAGGGAGUGGAUUCGUUAGGUGAGGGUGCCGUGGUGACUGGUCUGCCUGCCUCUCAGCCCCUUUCCUCGGGUGUCCCUGAGUCCCCAGGGAGGGAGGAGCACUUGGGUCCUGCUGUYGUUGGAGGCCCAGCUGAAGCUGCUGACCGUGAUGGGAAGGGCAGUCCCUUUAAGAUGCCUCGCCUCAAGCUCCCGUCUUUUAGCCGGUCUCCGAAAAAGCAGGCAGUGGUAACAGGGGACCCUGGGGGCCACCCAGAGGACGCCACACUCAGCCUGGUUCUGGAAACAGACGAAAUGCAUACUCAGCCCACGGUCCAGGUGCCCCCAACGGAAGCUCAAAUGCAUCUGCAUUCAGAGAAAGAAGCAGAGAAAGGGAGGUCGAGGAAGCCUGCCUUGGCCAUGCCCAGACUUCCACUUCCCAGACGGAAGGCUUCCAAGGCACGGGAGAGCUUGCCGCCAGGAGACACAGACGCUGCAUUGUCCAGUACCACAGAUGGACCUGACUCCGAAGCCACAGAGAGGGCCAGCGGUGAUGGUGGUCAGGGAGACAUUGGCAUGACGGCCGGCCCCCUGGAAGGAGAUGGGGGGCAUGUCCAGGUGCCACAGGCCCAUCCUCCCAGUUUGGGUUUUGACAAACCCAAGGUGGAGGUGGAGGUGGAGGUGAGUCUGUCGAAGGCUGACCUGCACCUUCCCCAACAUGACCUGGCUAUCAGAGGUGACAGCCAAGAAAGCCGACUCGGGGACCUCUCCAUGAGCCAGUCCCCUGGGGAGAGGAUGGCACACCCCGAGGAUGUCCCCACUGUGGAAAGGCCAGACRGGGGCACUGCCACCAGAGCAGCACCGGCAGACUCGCAGGCACACUGGUUCAGGAUGCCCACGUUGCGCGUGCCUGGCUUCAGGCGCUCUUCCUCCAAGGAGCAAGGGGGACCCCGGGAGCAGGACACAGCAGAGGCAGCCCCCGAUCCUGGGUCAAUGGCAGAGGCAAGUGUGUCCCCACGGCCCCUAGAAGCCCAGAUGGAAGGGGCCGCUCCUGAGAGUGAAUCCUACGCAGAUGUCCCCAGGCGUCCGCUUGAGAGCCCCAGCUUACAGCUGCACUUCCCCACUGCUCCAGGGUCCGAGUCGGGCCUGCCCAGCCCUGGGGGCGGGGGCGGGACCCACCCAGCCAUAGACCCCCUUCCCCUUCAGAUCCCUGGAGUGAGGCCUUCUGCACCCUUGGCUCCACCAGGAGAAGCACGUGGGGAGCCUCUUUCCCGGCCAGGAGGAUGUGACCUUGCCCAGGCAGAGGUGAGAACAGAGAUGUGGUCCUUCCAGCCCCAAGGUCCUCUGAAACUAAAGGCUUCCAGCACUGACGUGCCAUCCCAGGUUUCCGUGGUGAACGUGAAUCAGCUCUGGGAAGAUUCUGUGCUAACAGUCACCUUCCCCAAACUGAAGGUGCCCAGGUUCUCCUUCCCUGUGCCCAGCUCUGAGGCAGAUGUGUUCUUUCCUGUGGUGAGGGCAGUGCCCUGCACGGAGGCAGGCCCAGAGGUGGACCUUCUCCAGGACAGUCCUGGGCUCUGGGGAGCCAGCCUCCUGAGGGCCUCUGGCACGGUGGUGCCCGGGGAGCAGCCCGAGGGCCCUGACCUCUCCUCAGAGGUGUCCCCAGUUUCUAAGGUCCGAGUGCACAUUCAGGAGUCCCAGGGUGAGAGUCAAGGGGUCACCAUUUGCAGCAAUGUGCAAGGAGAGUGCUCUGAUAUGGCAGCACCCGAGGCCUCUUCCACUCAGAUUGUGCGGGAAUCAGAGAUCCCCACGUCCACGGUUCAGAUGGCUUCCUAUGGGUUUUCCUUGCUGAAGGUGAAAAUCCCAGAGCUCCCUGCCCAGGCUAGCACGUACACCAUAGCUCAAGACUCCGCAGCAGGGGAGCCCUCGGGAGGGUCCCCAGGAGGAGACACCGUUCCUGGAGAUCCGCAGCCUGACACUGCAGAGCCAUUUGAGAUGAUCUCCGGCAGUGCCAACCUGCUGGGGCCACCAACAUUCCCGAGCGAGGCUGGCUCUGGCCUCCAGCUUGCAGACAGUGGCUCUGAUGAGGAGCCAGCAGAAAUUCUCGAGUUUCCCCUUGACRACCGCCCGGAGGCAGCGACCCUGCUGGCAGGUGAAGACAGGGCUCCCAAAGAGAAGCCAGAAGGUAAAAAGUCUUCUGGGCUGUUGUGGUCUUGGCUUCCAAACAUCGGGUUCUCUUCCACCAGCGAGACCAGUGCCAAUGCCAGGGAUGAYGCCCAGAGGUCUGCUCCCAUCCAGACACAGCCUGGGGCACGGCCAGACCCAGAGCCCGAGAAGAAGCAGGACAGGGCAGGCUGGUUCCGGUUUCCCAGACUAGGGUUCUCCUCUUCCCCUGCCAAGAAGGGCAAAAGCUUGGAGGAGGAGGCAGGUCUGCCGGGGCAAAAGCUGCAGGAAGAAACAGUCACCUUCUUUGACGCCMGAGAAAGUUUUUCCCCUGAAGAGGAGGAUGAUGAGGUGGCAGCAGGGGCUGCAGGUGCCAGGCUGGGGUCCAGAGUGAUGGUGGCAUCCUCAGCAAGAACAGAGCUGAUCCUGUUGGAGGACAGCAAAAGUGCUGGCGAAGGGCCUGUGCCCAGGCCCACAASUGAAUGAGGGUCAGAGAAGUGCGGCCAGUCAGCAGGAGAGAGAUACAGAGGGCAGGGGUGGAGCGCCUGGGGGCGCUGGGCUGGCCGCACACGCAUCCACCUGGAUAACGGACCGGAGAACCAAGCAGAAAUGAAYAUGAACAUCUGUGUCACAUCGCCCAACCUUCCUAAAAUGGAACCAAAAACGCGACCAGCUCCCUCCAAGCUCUGGGAGCGCAGAGGUGCCCAGACUCCCACUUGUGUGGAUUCACCCAGCUUCGUGGGGCCGCUGGAGAAGCCUGCUGGUCUGCAUGCAUGAGCUCCAACGGCCUGGCCUGCAGGAACGCCCAGAGGGGCCGUGCUCCUGAGGGCAGGGUUCUUGUGCCCAUGGGUGUCGAGGCAGUUGGCGUCACCUGUGCCCUGCGUUGCCAUCUCGUGGUGAAGCCAGUUCUCUGGCUCCAGGCGGAGCACGCGGUGUUCUUGGAAGCCUGUUACUGACUCACGUACCAGCUGGCUCCUUUGUCAACGUCCUCCUCGUGGCCAGCUGCAGGAUGCCUUGUGAUUGGGCACACAGGAGAUGGCCAACGGUUGCCUGGUGGGAACAAAGUGGCAACUGUGGGCCAGGCAAGCCACAGAUGUUAGGACACCUGAGAGUCAUCACGAGACAUCGAUGUGUUCUCCCCACAGUUUCUCCAGUGUGCACAGCCCCAUGCUGUGGCCCCCUG